AUGUAAAUUGAUUAAUAAAUUAAAUAUGGCGACAAAAUACUUUUACAUUCAUUAGAUAAUCCCUAAAUUUUUUUAAAUUGCAGAAAUUCAAGUGAAUAUAGUGUAUUUAUGAUAGAAAGUGAUUAAAAUAUAAUAGAAUAUCCAAAUACAUUUGAAUUAGUAUUUACUAUUCAUCCAAAGUUAAACUAUUAAGCUUAAAAAGAACUUCAAAAGAAUUUGAAAGAUGAGAAUAAAGUAAAAAACGAUAAUAAAAUAGAAUGUUUAAAAAAGCGUUCUGAAAUAGAAAAAUAAGAAAAUUAAAAGAUCAUAAAAAAAAUGGAAAAACAACUUGUAAAGAUUGGAAGUGAAAUAUAAAUUUAUCAUAUAUAUUCAUAAUGCUAUUUAAAAAGUAGUGCAAAAAAAAAUACAAAUAGUUCGAAUUUGUUUUGUUUAAAAUUAAGCAAAAAAGCAAGAAAAGGGAAUUUAUUUUAGAUAAAAAUAGAUGAUUAAAAUAAUUAAUAAAAAUCUGAUUAUUUUUUAACUUAUAAUGAUCCAUUUAUUUUCGAAAGCAUUAAAUUUAAAAAAAGUAAUCUAACAACUAAAGAUCUUCCUCCUUUUAUAUACUAAAAUAAUAAGAGUAAUUCUAAAAAUAAUUUUAAUUCCUUAAAUAUACUUGAAUAUGAAAAAAUGAGUACUAUUAAUAAAUCCAUUACAACGAUUCCUAUUUUCGAAAGCCUUGAAAACAUAAAAGUUUAUCAUGCAGGGCACAAAAGAGAUAGUGAAAGCUUUUUUAAGGCUAUUAAUGUUGAUUAUAUCGAAGAAACAGAAGAUUAAAAUUGUAUUAGGUGGGGAGAUUAUGUAAGAAUAGGCAAUAACUUUGAAAACAAAGAAAAAGACAAUAAAUUAGAAGGAGUUUUUUUUAGCGAAAUUAAUGUUGCUGGAAAUUUUCCUUCAGUUUAUUUAGAAGUAAAUUAAAAUUAUUCAUACGAAAACUUUUCAAGCAUUUUUUAAAUUUUACCUAAUGAUGUUAAUUUUUUGGGAAAAAAAAUAGUAAAUCCUGAAAAAAUAUAGAAUACAUAAUUAAGGCAUGUUUUAUCAGGAAAAAAAUUAUGUUUUAAUGGAAACAAAAUAUGCUUAGAGCAAUCAUAAAAUGUUGUUUUACAAUAAAAAACUUUGUAAACUAAAAAUUUUAAUACUCUUUCUACAAUUUGUAAUGAUGAUAAUACCGAGAAUUUAUUUUUAAAAGAAAAAAAAGGAAAUGAUAAAGAAAAUAAUAAUAAUUUUGAAUAAGAUAAAAACUGCAAAAAUAAUAAUUGUCUUCUUUUAUUAAAUGUUUAGAAUAAAGAAUAAAAUUUAUUUUAUAAUAUUAGUAAUUUUAAAAUAAAAAAUAAACUUUCAUAAGUUACUGUUUAUUUGGAAGAAGAAGCUGUAAUGAUAAUGAAUUAAGAUUUAAUUGAAAAAAUAGAUAAUGCUUUUAUUUAAUCAGAUUAUUUUUAGCCUAUUUUUUAACCUAUGAACGCUUUAGGUAGGCAUAUAUUUAUGAUUGGAAUUGAAAAAAACAAUAAUAAUAUUAAAGAAAGUUAAUUUUUUUUUAAAAAGGUAUGCUUUGAAGAUAUUAUUUUACUUUUAGAAUUACAUUCUCUUUGUUUUCAUUUAGUUUUUUUCAGCUUUUUAGCUGGAUAAAACAGUAGUAUAUUUAAUAAUGGAGAUAAAAUUUUAAAAGAUUUAUAUAUUUGGAUUAAAAAUGGGGAUAAACAAUAACAAUAAAGAUAAAAUUUAAUAAGAGAAAGUGGUAUUUUAGAUGUUUUAAUGAAGAUUUUAUUUGAAAUUUACAGUUUAUAAAUUAUGUAUGGGAAAGAAACUGGGAUAAAAAUAGAAAUAUUUAAAUUUGUAUUAACUUUAAAAAAUUUAUUAGAAAUUAUUACAGAAAAAAAUUAUUGUAAUUCAAUUUAUGUUUAUUAAUGGUAUUUUUUAUUUAAAUAAAUAUUAAUUGAUAAAAAUGUUUUUGAAAAAUUUAGAUUUGACUUAUUAUUAAACCAACUUUUUUAAACUACUCAAUUAAAUGUGGGUGUAAAAGAAGACUUAAAUUAGCUUAUAGAAUGCUUAAAAAUCGAAAAAUAAAAUAUUAAAAUUCUACUUUUAAUAAAUGCGUUUUGUAAAUUUAAUGCCUUUAGAGAAUUAUCAGAAUAGGAAUCUAUUAUAGAGCUUCUUUUAGGAAAUAAAGAAAAUAGGGAAACCAUCUUUUAAUAAUUAAAGGCAGAUAAUCAGGAUAUUUUUAUAGAAAAUAGCGCUGAAGAAAAAAUAUAUAUUAAUCGAAAAUUUAUAAAUUAAAUAUAGGUUGAUUAACUUGUUUAAAAUAUUAAUCUAAUUAUAGAAUUAGCAAAAGGAGGAGUACAUUUAAUUGAAAAAUAUGUUUUUUAUUUAUUUCCAGGUAAGUUAUGUGUUGCUAUUUUUUAAUCUAAUGAUACUAAUUUUAGUAUUAAAAGUGCCAUUUUGGAUUUAUUCACAUCAACCUAUCUUUAGUUAGAUUUUUUCAACCUUUAUUGUGAAGAUAUGGAAUCUUAAAAAGAUUACUGUAUUUUUUUAUCUAAAAAAAAAAUGAAUUAAGUUAAUUAUUAAUUGAAAAUUUUAAAAAUAAGUAUUGUUUUGAUAUAAUCCAAUUCAUUUUCGAUUAUUUAAAUUUAAUUUAAAAUAAUAUUUGUUUUUUGUAAAGUUAAGAGAAAUUGGAAGCUAUAAAUAAAUAAUAAUUUAUUCUAUUUAGAUACUUGA